UUGGAUCUGCGAGCUUUUGGGAAAAAGUUAGGCAGGCAACAGAGAGAAUCAUUUGUGCGUUUCAGACGUGAGAGUUUCUUUACCUCAACAUAUAUAUUUUUAUGCAAAUUCCACAUUUGUUGAACCACACAGGAAAGGCUAAUAGUGUAUGGUUUAACGUACAAUAUUAUCCGUCUGUUGUUUUGACAGAAAAAUGAGCCACAAGUAGUGUAUAAAUAUUGAAUAAGUCGUCACGCUUGAGAGACCUAACACAGCGAAUUUAAUAACAUCAUUAUUUUGAAGUUUAAGCAGUUAGACUCUCAAGGAAUAUAGUGAAAUACUAUAGAACGGGGAACUUGAUGGGAAUUUUGAAAUAAGAUUAUCCUUGCUGAACGUCCAGUGAACUACUGUGGAUAAAAAUUGAUAAAAAAUUGAAGAAAGGCGUAUUUAAUGUGAAGUAUAUUCAAUUGGAAGGCCAAGAGAUCAAGGAGGAUAACAAGCUUAAUUCGACUGAAGAAUAUUAUAAAGAGUCAAUUCAAGAUUGCAUCAGUUUUCAGGAUUGAAUAUCGGCGUCGUAAUUGCUGGAGUUAAAUUAAUUAAAUUCCAAGAAAAAAAUGUGAUGCCAAAUUUGUAAAAUGGGACAUUUCUUGUCAAGAACAAGGUCACGGGAUGAAUAAGAAAUAUAGUAGAUGAAAAAUAAACGAUCAUUUUAAGAUAUCGAAACCAAAUCCCACGUCGAUAGUCUAAAAUAGAGGACAUAGCUCAACUGACGAGAGAACGUCUACAUCAUGAAGACAGGUGUACCUUCCAUUUUUAAUUUUCAAACACAUUUGAACUCUUAUUCGCCUGUAAACAUAUUUCAGGAUUGGAAAAUAUUCAUAUAUCUGACAUUGACAGUUUUCAUUCUCGCCCACGUUGAAUCUUUAGACAUAAACUCGGCCGUUUGCAGAUGCGCGAGAAAAUCAAAAUUUGGUAAACCGUUUGUAGUGGUAUGGAACUCCCCUACAGGGGGGUGCCAUAAUAAUUUUAGUGUUCACAUAGAACUGGAAAAGCACGGAAUAUUGACAAAUAGUAACCAGUCGUGGAACGGUGAAGUGGUUACGGUAUUUUACAACGCUCAGCUAGGAUUGUAUCCGUAUUAUCGGUACGAGGAUGAAAAGUUGAAAUAUAAUACUGGUUUACCUCAGUUGGUUGAUCUUGAGGAACAUCUAAAGAAAGCAUCGGAACAUAUUGCUGAGAAGAUACCAGAGCCAAUGUACAGUGGCCUCGCGGUCAUUGACUGGGAGGGCUGGAGACCACUGUGGGAUACCAACUUUGGGAAAAAACGUCUGUAUCGACUUAAGUCAAUCGAGUUGGUUAAGAGAGAAGGAAAACUUAAAAAUGAACGUGAAAUCGAGGAUGAAGCAAAGAAAAGAUUUGAAAGCGCUGGAAAAAGGUUAAUGUUGGAGACAAUUAAAUUUGCGAAACAAUUGAGACCAAGAGCAUUAUGGGGGUUUUAUGGCUUCCCGGAGUGCCUUGGGAACUGUUCAAAAGAAAACAAAAUGUGGAACAACAAGUUGAUUUGGUUGUACAAAAGCAGCACAGCGUUGUUUCCGUCUAUCUACCUGAUGGAUGAUCUCACAGAUAAUAAUAAAUACGUCUCUGACAGAUUGAAAGAGGCGUUUAGAGUGUCUCGUAUGGCAGCUGCUCCCGGAUUUGGUAAUGACCUGCCAGUUUUUCCGUAUCUCAGACCUCUAUAUCAUUAUGGAGCGCGAGAAUUCAAGAUGCUGAACGAGGAUGACUUAGAGAAUGCAAUCGGGCAAGCAGUGAAUUUUGGUAGUGCUGGAUUAAUACUCUGGGGCAAUCAUUACGACGAACACACUUCCAGGGAGAUUUGUCUGAAGUACAAUGACUAUGUAAACAACAAGCUAGGUCCCUACAUCACCCUACGUACGGAAGAGCAGAAUGCGUGCAGCAGAGAAAAAUGUUUCAGUAACGGGAGAUGUGUUGAAAAAUCUGUAGCUCUGAGACGUCGCCGUAAGAGGUCGUGCAAAACAAUCUUCAAAUAUGGAAGUGUUUUUAAAAUUGGUAAUACAACUUCAGCACAAAAACGAAUUCUCAAGCAGAACACAACGGUUAAAUACCGAUCAAAAAAGCUAUUUGGAAAAAACACCACCGCAUUUGCAAAAGAAAACACAACGAUCCUAAACGACACGGUAGGAAAUCUGGAAAAUUUAACUUCAAGACGUAAUCUAUCACAAGAAAACUCGACAGGUUCUGACUUACUGGCUUACGUUGAUAUGUUGGACUCAGGACCAAAUAAAACAAAGAAGACAGGUGAUAAAGACAUAUAUUGGAAUAAAAAUAGCGUGUUGGGUCAUAAGAAGAAGCACAAGAUUGAUUAUAAUUCAAUAAAGAAAUCUUUGAGAUGGAAAAAUGGAAGUAAAGUACUAGAAAUGUUUAAUGGAAAGACAAGCAACAAAAGUCAAACAGAUGAUGAAGAAAAAUCAGAAACUGAAGUCAACAAGACAAGCACCAAAGGUCACCAUAAACAGACUUCAAAACGAGGCUACUCUGCAAGAGUGCGAGAGGAAACUGCCGUGCGUGUGCCUGGGGUGUACAUCAUACUGAUAACAGUCACUCUGGGCGGAGCAUUACUCAUGACUAUCAUAUAUGUUGCUAUAUACUAUACUGUCAAUGUCCGAGGUCGGCAACGCGAGAAUAAUUACGAUUACGAAUCUGAGGAUGAAAAUCCCUUCUCCAUAGAGCCAAAUAGCCCAUGGUGGAAUGAUGAUGAUGGCUCAACUGAGAAGUUGUUAAAAGGGAAGAAAUGAUAUCAAAUUUAGGCUUGGUCGCCUGCAUAGAAAUCAUAGAAAUAAUGUCUGCUAUUUCUAUGGUCACUGCAAUCAAAGAUGAUACAUUGAUUGAGUCAUAAAUGGAGGUGGAAAUGUGGUAGUGGGUAGCCUGCAGCUACCAUGGCUGAAAAUGUUGUUGAAUUAGGGGUUGGGUCAAUAUAUGUGUGCAAUUGUAGAUUUUUGAAAUCUAUUAGAAUUUGUUUUUAAACGUAUGAUGAAUAGAUGUGAGAACAUUAGAGCAUUUAAUAUACAUGUAAUAAAAUAGACAUUUUGAGUGACAGAAUUUUACAACUUUAUCAAAUGAAAGAGGUUUAAAUCAAAUACUGACCUUGUAA